AAAGGCCCCACUCCCUAUGGUGUUGACCGCUGGCCCCAAGUGGUUGCUGGAUAUGACUUGGCAAGGAGUAGAAGACAACAAAAACAACUGCAUUGUGUACAGCAAAGGAGGCCAGCUGUGGUGCACAACCACAAAAGUUAUUGUGGAGGGAGAAGAGCUAAUUGCCUUUGUUGUGGAUUUUGACUCAAGGCUGCAAGCUGCCAGCCAGAUGACCCUCACUGAUGGGAUGUAUCCUGCUCGGCUGUUGGAUUCAAUACAACUGCUCCCUCAACAAGCUGCAAUGGCAUCCAUUUUGCCAACAGCUAUUGUGAACAAAGAUAUAUUCCCUUGCAAAUCUUGUGGCAUCUGGUACCGUAGUGAAAGGAACCUGCAAGCUCAUCUCAUGUACUACUGCAGUGGGAGGCAAAGAGAAGGUGCUCAGUUAUCAGAGGAGAAUGAGGAAAGUAUUCAACAGAUAUCUAGCUUCUGCCCCUUUCCACAGUGCACCAAAAGUUUUUCCAAUGCAAGAGCUCUGGAAAAUCAUCUAAAUUCUCACAGUGGAGUAAAAAUGGAAGAAUUUCUUCCCUCUGGCUCUAGCCUGAAAUGUACUGUUUGUAACUAUACCGCUGAUUCGGUUAUCAACUUCCAUCAACACCUAUUCUCACAUCUCACUCAAGCUGCCUUCCGAUGCACACAUUGCCAUUUUGGCUUCCAGACACAGAGGGAACUACUACAACACCAAGAUCUCCACAUUUCUGGCAACAAACUGCAGAGAGAAAGCGAUGCUGAGCACUCUCCGAAUGCCAGUGAAGAGACUUUGCAGGCCCCUGACAGUUCCCAAAGCCAAAAGGCAGUGCAGACAAAGGAUGUGAGUUCUGACACUGAGCUUGAUAAGUGUGAGAAGAAGACUCCUCUUUUCCUUCCAAAUCAAAGGCCAGAAACGCAGACCACUCCACAUAAGCAGAGCUUCUCAUACACCAAAAUAAAAUCUGAGCCAUCUAGCCCAAGGCUUGCCUCGUCCCCGGUCCAGCCUAAUCUCGGUCCUUCAUUCCCUAUGGGUCCUUUUCUUUCUCAGUUUGCUUUUCCCCAAGACAUCACAGUGGUUCCACAGGCUUCUGAGAUCUUAGCCAAGAUGUCUGAGCUGGUGCAUCGAAGGCUGAGGCAUGGAAGUAAUAGUUAUCCCCCAGUCAUUUACAGUCCAUUGAUGCCAAAAGGAGCCACCUGUUUUGAGUGUAACAUCACGUUCAACAAUCUUGAUAACUAUUUAGUUCACAAGAAGCACUACUGCAACAGUCGAUGGCAACAAAUGGCGAAGUCACCCGAUUUUGGCAGCGUUUCAGAAAAAAUCCCCGAGGCUGUGAGUCCUGGCAAUGGGCAAAAUGCAAUCAACAUUUUGAGUGCCACGGCUCACACUUCAGAUCCUGAGAAUCAACUUCUUCAGGCAUCUUGUAUCAAUUCUUCUACUGUCCUCGAUAUCAUUGGGCCAAACAAUAAGGGUCACGAGAAAGACUUUUCAUCACAAGUGAAGAAGCUGUCAAAUACUGCCAACAGUGAUGAUAAAAUGAACGGGAAGCCUUCCGAUGGCAAGAACUCAACUUCCACAUCUUUAAUAGAAGGAGAAAGUGAUCCCAACAAAACUACAUGUGAAGCCUGCAAUAUUACUUUCAGUAGGCAUGAAACAUACAUGGUGCACAAACAGUAUUACUGUGCCACUCGUCAUGAUCCCCCACUUAAAAGAUCAGCUUCAAAUAAAGUGCCCGCCAUGCAGAGAACAAUGCGUACACGCAAACGAAGGAAGAUGUAUGAGAUGUGUCUACCAGAGCAAGAGCAAAGGCCACAACUGGUCCAGCAACGCUUCCUUGAAGUAACUAAUCUUGUCAACCCUUGCACAUCUUCUCAAGAACCAACAGAUAGCCUUGGAGAGUGCUACCACCCACGAUGUGAUAUCUUUCCAGGAAUAGUUUCCAAACACUUAGAAACAUCACUGUCCAUUCAUAAAUGCACCUCAACCUCAAAAUGUGACACCCAACAUUCCACAAUUUCCUGCUUGGAAAUGGACGUCCCUAUUGAUCUCAGCAAAAAAUGUUUGCCCCAAUCUGACCGGACAUCCACUUCCCCCAAAAGGCUGCUGGACUAUCACGAAUGCACUGUGUGCAAGAUCAGUUUUAACAAGGUAGAAAAUUACUUGGCACAUAAGCAGAAUUUUUGUCCCGUCACUGUGCACCAACAGAAUGAAAUGGGGCAUCUUGAUAGCAAAGUAUUUCAAAAUCCUGAAAGUGAACGCAACAGCCCUGAGAUCAGUUACGACCGCACCAUCAUCAAAUGUGAGAAAAAUGGAAACUCAAAGCAGGCUUCUCCCAACGGAAACUUGUUUUCUACGCACUUGGCAACCCUCCAAGGACUUAAGGUCUUUAACGAAGCCACCCAACUUAUAGCUACAAAAGAAGAAAACAAACAUUUUCUUCCUCAAUGCCUUUACCCAGGAGCAAUAAAGAAAGCUAAAGGAGCAGACCAGCUUUCUCCGUAUUAUGGAAUAAAGCCAACUGAUUAUAUUUCUAGUUCUUUUGCUGUUCACCACAAUGAUGUCGAUCAAAGUACGGCUGCAGAAGGUGAUUCGCUGAAGGGCCAGACACCAUCCAAUGGGUGCCCUGUUCAGAAAAAAGAAUCUCUGCCCCUCUUGCCCAAAAACAGAGGGAUGGUUAUCAUCAAUGGUGGACUAAAACAGGAGGAGAGGCCUGCGGGAAACCCACAGCAAGAGAACAUUUCCCAGACUCCCCAACCGCAUGAAGAUGGACACAAAUCACCAUCUUGGGCCUCGGAUAAUAACUUAGCUGCCAAUGAAAAUGUCUCACCAACCAUUCCAGCAGCAGAAGAACAAUUAUCUAGUAUAGCAAAAGGGGUAAACGGUUCUACUCAGGCCCCUACCAGUGGAAAAUACUGCCGGCUGUGCGAUAUCCAGUUCAACAACCUAUCAAACUUUAUAACUCAUAAGAAGUUUUAUUGCUCAUCCCAUGCAGCAGAACACGUCAAAUGAAAAUGGCUGCCCCCCCCUCCCCAGUUUGGUAUCUGUGUUUAGUAUACAGUAUUGUUCCAUACAAGUCUGAAAGAGAGCUGUUUGUAUGACUUCUGGACAAUCAGGAGUUAGUUCAUUACUGCUGAGUUGAAGACUUAAAAGAUGUACUUCCAUUACAGUUCAUUAGUAAAGUGUAUUCUUGGUGCCAUUUUCAAAACUAUUUAUUUAUUUUACCAGCAGUGUUCAUAGCUGUAGUUAUUUUUAAUUUAAAGAAAAAAAACUUUAUAUUAAAGUCAUUUGUAAUGUUAUUGUAUAAUUGUGUAGCACAUAUGGUUUGCACUGUAUAGUAGAUUUUAAAGAAAAUAGUCACAAACUCUACAAAAAAGGCAUUUUAGAAAUUUAGCUUCAAAAGCACCUGUGUAUCCUAUUUUUCCUUAUAUGCUAUUGCAGAUAUGUGUAGAUGCUAAAAUAUAAUUUGCAAAAGGUUUCAACUACGCUGUAAAGUUCGCCUUAAAAUUUCAAUUUUUUAAAGGAUUUGGCUCAGUUUGCACUUUAUAUUUUAGCAGAUACAGUACCUUAGUCACUAGGCUUUGCAUUUGUAUGUAGCGGUAUGUUUGUCUACUUUCUUACCUGAAAUGUCUGUUAAAAUGAAGAUGGCAUUUUUUUUCCUUGUAUAGUCCUUGUAUUUUCUUUCACUGAUGCAUCUCUGUCUCAAUUUUUAAACAUUUGCUGUUAAAUGCAAUACUUUAUAAAGAAUGAACAAAAUUACUGGAAGCAGUAUUGUAAGUAAUGAGGUCAUAUCUAUCCAUUUUAUCUUUUGAAAGGCACAGUCAAAAGGAAUUUCUUAGCUCAAUGCUGCAAGUAUGAAUCUAAUUCAUUUAUAAGAUAUAUUUAAAUAUAACAGUAGCAAUACUGCAACUGGUGAUCACAGAGAUAAUGUUCUACUUCUGAUAGAAAUAAUUUCUCAACAAAUGUUGUUACUAUGCAUGUAUAUGGAUGGAAUAAAAUUCCAGAUCAUCCGA